UAAAAAGAAGAGAAAUCCCUAAAUCAUUGGGUUAGGGGAUCGUGAAUAAAAAAGAAAAGAAACGAAGGAGAAACUCAAAAAGAGGAUUUGGGUUUAGAGCAUUUCAACACAUAAUCGAAUUUGAAGCAUUUUGUGAAAACAUGGAUUAGUGUUAGAGUUGGGUUAGACGUUCGUUGACCACAUUUGGAGAAGAGCCUCUACGAUAGAUCUUCAGGAAGUGAACAUUGUCUGGUUUAGGAGGAAGAAGAGACAGAGAGUCUUAUGAAUUAAGGAAGAGUAGGAACAAAUCGAAAUGAGUGAUGAGCAGCUGAUAAAACUCACGAUCUACUAUGGUGGAGCAAUGGCAAAAGAAGAUGAGGAUUAUAACUACCGUGAAAAAUUGGGUUUUAAGACCCUAUUCUGGAAAUUGUCAGAGAUUAAAUGGCUGAAGUUUGAAGAGUUCAUUAGUGAUAUGGAGCACCUAAGUUCUGCAGCAAAAUCAGCAGGUGAGGUUGAUGUAUUUCUGGAACAUAGUUGUGGUGGAGAUGAGAUUGAUGGUGGUUAUGAACCAGAUCAAGAUGAGGGGAUGGUAGAAGAAGGAGAUGAAUCUGGUGAUGAUAAUUCAGAUGAAGAUAACAGACCCCCAAAGGAAGAUGAUGAUCCUGAGGAAUCUGAGGAUGAAGCACCUGUAAAGGAGAAAGAGAAAGAUGGUAAUUGUUUGAAUGAAAUGAAAAAUCAGGAGGAUGAAAAUCAGAAUGUAGAAGAGGGUUUGAUGGAAAAUCAAAAUGCAAAUGUAAGGCUUCCUGAGAUUGAUGAAGGGGAUGAUGUUAUUAUAGAUGUAGGAAAUGGUGGUGAUGAUGAUAGGACCUUACAGUUUCCACCGAAGCGUCAACCAAAGCCAAGAAAAUUAAAAGUCAAUCCACUUAGUGACUCCCAAUCAUUACCAACCGGAGAAUCUACAAACAUUGAAGCUGGUGGAAAUAGCUCUCAGCUUUUACAACCAGAUCAACUAACUACUGAAAUUCCUGCUGCUUCUAGUGCACCUCAACCUUCAGUCUCUUCCAACAAACCAUUGCCGAAGAAGCGUGGACGACCAUUGAAGACAAGGAAGGUGGAAAACAUUCCAAGAGGAGUUGGCACAUUUUAUAGUCCUUACACAGGUAAGGCCUUUGAAGUGUUUGGAGACAGAGUCUAUGAUAUGUCCAACAAUGACCCUCAACCCCCGCCAUCGUAGGUCUUUUUGUUUGAAGUUAUGCUGUCUUUUGUAUGCACUUAUGUUAUGUUUUGUGAUGACUUUUGUAUGCCUUUUAGAAUGAUGUUUUUUGCAUGUCUUUAAACCGUCAAAAUCUUUUGGUAUGACAUUUAUGUUGAUUUCGUGAAACAGAGCCGAAUAACUAACAGACGAAGCUAUCAAAACAUUACAG